GUCCCCGCGGCCGCCGGACACGCGGCCGGGGCGACGCGUGGAGCUGCCGGUCCCGCGUCCCCUUCCCGCCGGAUCGCGCGUGGAGCGCAUUGCCCGUAGUCCGCCAGGACGCACCGCCGGUGGGGGCUCCUUCUCCCGGAACUCCCAGUCUGCUGUUUCGCCGCUCUGCCCCGGCCCGGCUUUCGCUGCUCUUCAGCCCGGACUUCGGAGGUGUACGCCGCGGGAGCGGGCGGGCAAGCGCCGGGAUUUUCCUGUUCCCAGCAAACUUCGGCACUUGCUGUCGCUGAGAUCCCGCGAGCGGUGAGGAGCCCGUCCCGCCCGCGGCCACGGUCCCGGCGAGGGUCCCCAGCGGAGCGGCCGCGGCGCGGUUGGGAAGGAGCCACGCUCGCUGAUGCCCGCAGAUGUUAGCGGUGGGACAGAUGGAUGCUAAUCGCCAGAGCGCAUUCGUCCUUAGCAGUGCGCCGCUAGCCGCGCUGCACAACAUGGCCGAGAUGAAGACCUCCCUGUUCCCCUACGCCCUGCAGAACCCCUCCGGUUUCAAGGCACCGGCCCUGGGCGGACUCAACACGCAGCUCCCCUUGGGGACACCGCACGGAAUAAGCGACAUCCUGGGGCGGCCCGUGGGCAGUGCCAGCAACCUUCUGGGCGGGCUGCCCCGCAUCAACGGGCUGGCAGCCUCGGCCGGGAUGUACUUCAGCCCCGCUGCCGUCUCCCGCUACCCGAAGCCUCUGGCGGAGCUGCCGGGACGGCCGCCCAUUUUCUGGCCGGGAGUUGUGCAAGGCUCUCCCUGGAGAGAUCCUCGGCUCGCCUGUCCCGCUCAGACGGGGAUGGUUUUGGACAAGGACGGCAAGAAGAAACACUCUCGACCGACUUUCUCUGGGCAGCAAAUAUUCGCUUUAGAGAAAACCUUCGAACAGACGAAAUACUUGGCAGGACCGGAGCGCGCCCGGCUCGCCUACUCCCUGGGGAUGACUGAGAGCCAGGUGAAGGUUUGGUUCCAGAACAGACGGACCAAGUGGCGGAAGAGACACGCGGCAGAAAUGGCCUCGGCAAAGAAGAAGCACGACUCGGAGACGGAGAAGCUGAAGGAGAGCUCGGACAAUGAGGACGAUGACGAAUACAACAAGCCCCUGGACCCCAACUCAGACGAUGAAAAAAUCACGAGGCUAUUGAAAAAGCACAAAUCCACGAACCUGUCCCUCGUCAGCCCCUGCAGCACCAGCUCGGAUACGCUGUGAGGGCGCGGGGCCGACGGCCGCACCGGGCAGCGCGGCAGGGGUGAGUGUAACUGGGUGUUUGAAGUGGUGUGUUGUACAGCAUAAAAUGUAUGUGAAAUGUAUAUAUUUUUUACAGAAUAAGUUAUGAAUUUAUUUUCUUUCUCAUUGAUGUAAAUUUCAGAGAAAAUUUUUCAACUUUUUUGGGUUUUGUGUCCCUGUAAGGUUUCCCGCUCUUUCCUUUAGGCUUCCUGUUAAUUUCCUGCUCCUAACAAUCAGGUUUUGUUAUGUUUUCUAUGGGUCCCAAGUCCGAGCUCAGCCACUUUGUAUAUAGUAAAUUUCAGAUUUUGUGAUGUAUAUUUCUAGUGUAAAAACGGCAGUUUUCUUUCACUCCGUCCCUCAGUGUUUCGGCAGUUGCAUUUCUCCUGCCUCUGGAUUUUAUGCUUAAUAAUACCAAAAAACCAAACCAAUGCCCAAAAAAAGCACGAGAGGAAAAUGGACGCGAUUUUACAUUAGAAUGUCUCCACAGGUGUUGGAAAGACUUUGUAUAAAUCAAUAAAUUAUUUAACAACC